UCGUAUCUAAUCUCCCAUCACGGGCAUGAACCACAGGCUCAACCGACAACUGCCACAAUGAUGCGGGACCAGAUAUCCCCUGUCGUAAGCCCACCUAGGAUUGGAGACUUCAAGGAACGUUCGGAAACAGCCAACAAGGCGCCGACGUCGGCCAGCGCUAUUUCUUCGCAAGGGCCGCCAUCGGCGGAGCCUGGCGCGGUGAGUGGCGGAUGGUUCGCGACCAUCUGCUUCCUCGGCUUGACGCCAGGCCUGGUGGUCAGCGUGCUCGUCGCACUUCUCCUGAGGGCGGAGCAGCAGGCGCAAGUGCCACCUGACACCACGGCCAGAAAAGCUCUAACGCCAUCAAUAGUGCGAUUGGACCUUGGGCCUUCGUCGCCGACGAGCACCGUGACAAAGGCUACCAACGCAUCACCGCAGCCAGACAGCCUUGUGUGUCAUUCGGAUGACUGCGAAUACAUGUCUGAGAAGCUGCGCGCAACUAUGAACUUCAGCAUUGACCCGUGCGACGACUUCUACCAAUACGUUUGCGGCACUAUCGACGAACCCGACGACUUGCCUUUUCGGCUGAUCCGCAAUGCCGUAGAGCCCACCGUAGUGUCCCAUUUCUACACCGAGUCAGUGCCUCCGAAGAACCAAACAGCCUGGCAGAAAGCGGCUGGAAUGUUCAAAACUUGUUUCAACCUGGGGAACUCGGAGAAAUCGGAGGUAGGUGACCUGAAGCGAUGGAUGAUCUCCCUAAACCUAGACUUGGCCGCACUGAAACCUACCGAACCAUAUAACUCCAUCGACCUCAUGGUGCGCUGCUCCCUACAAUUUGGCUUAGGCGCCCUAUUUGAAUUCGAAGUAGGGAAGCUUGCAUUUGUCGACGGAAAGAGAAGCCUUAGGUUUGUGAUGAGCGGGAGCGACCUGCGUUGGCUCGACAAGCGGGAGGAAAGGGAGCGGCAGGUUGGAGGGAAGGCUAAGCAGGAGCUCUACCUGUCCUACCUGAUCCUCUACACAGAUAACAGGACAGAGCUGAGGGAGAUGUUCAGGAAUGCGAUUUCACUGGACAAUAUAGUCUUGCAGGAGCUGGCCGCUCACAAGGGAGCAGUUGAGAACAAUGUGCCUUAUCGGCUUCGUGAUUUGGCGCAUUUCACCACACGCUUGGCGGAAUCAGAUCAGUGGGACACUAUGAUCGUGCAAUACACGGCCGGAGCUUACAACGGCAGCGACUACGUCAUCCUCAAGCAGUCCGCAUCACUGAUACUGCAAAGGCUGGUCAACUCCGCAGGCUCCGAAGGAAUCCGCUACCUGGUCGCUUGGAGCAUUUUUCGUCAGGGAUUGGCGAUAGCACUGCCAGGUAGAUUGGCAGCCGAGUCUGACAAAACUCUCGAAGCCGUUUGUUACGACCACGUCAAGGGUGUCAUGGAGUCAGCGCUGACGAGCCAAUACCUAAGGGCCAUGGUCAGCAUGCACGCUCUUCAUGAAACAAAAGAAAUGGUUCGAAGACUCGCCGACGCCCUCCGACGCUCUCUAGAGGCAUCCCAGUGGCUCGAAGGAAGUUCCCGCACAGUGGCCCUUAAGAAGCUCGAGAACAUGGCGGCGAACGUCGGUCAUCCGGCACAACUGGACAACGCAGCAAAGUUGGAAAAAUAUUACAGCACCUUUGAGGACUCCACAGAUAGAUUCUUCGCAACGUGGAUAAGCGCUCGCAAGGCCUACCAGCACAGACUGCUUACCGACCAAGAAACUUAUUUCUUCGACUCUGCGACGGUGAACGCCCACUACAUUAGAUGGGCGAACCUAAUCGUUAUACCGGCAGCGAUUCUUCAGCCGGAAAUAUACUUCUCGAAAGGUCCGCUCUCAGCCGCCUAUGGAAGCCUUGGACAGGGUAUCGGACAUGAAAUAAUGCACGGAUUUGACGUCCUCGGAUUCGAAUACGAUGAAAACAACAAAUUUCGCAGCUGGGCAACGCCAGAGGCGAAGGAGCACUACCUUAGUGAAGCGCUCUGCUUGCGGGAGUCACACAAAAGGGCGCAGAUGCACACACAAGCGCAUUCUCGGCAGGCCGCCCUUAACGACACAGUCGACUCGGAGAACCUCGCUGACCUCGGCGGGACUCUGAUGGCGUUCAGCGCCUUCGACUCGCUCGCCCCGCCGAAACGCGACGUCGUGCUGCCGGCCCUAAAUCUGACCGCACGGCAGCUGUUCUUCGUCUUCCAGUGCUCGAAGUGGUGCUACUACGCCGGCGGCAAGACUGGUCGACACGCUAGCGGCAGGCACCGCUGUGUCGUGCCGGCCAUGAAUAUGGACGAGUUUUCAGAGGCGUUUCGUUGCAAGUCGGGCGAUCGCAUGCACCCCGACAAUAAAUGCGCCCUGUGGUGACCUAUCCAAAA